GCCAUCCGGAAGAGCAAAAGAGGCUGAAGCACUUUCUGCAGGCUCCGUUUCGGAAAUGAUUCUCGGAGGCCGAGCGCCCUGAACUCGCUCCGCUUCGUCACCCACCGACUCUCCAGCCUCGGAUCCACCUGGAUAGCGGCGCCUCGGACCCUGAGAACUACGGUCGGCCGCCGAACCCCGAACCCCCGCAUCUGUGGCCGCACUUUCGGCUUCACAUAUUUACGUCGGACGCCAUGAAGUCGCACCUUGCUUUGCUGUUUCUGCGGCUUUUUUCAACAUUUGCUGUAAACGGGCUUUAUGCACGCGAAACGGCAUCGGAUAAUACAGCAGACGUGACGAACGUGCCCAUGAUCGGCACCUCGGUCGUCACCCUGAACACCACUGCGGUCCGGCUGCGCUGGAGAGCCGCGGAUCCCCUGCUCGCCGGCCUGCUGGUGCAGCUCCAUACCCUGGCCGAGACCGUCACCGUCUCCACCUCCCCGACGUUCCCACCGGACUCGUCCUACAGCGGGACUAGCGCCGGCCUCUGGGUGGCGCUGUCGUCCUUUGACAUUAACGUCGACGUGUACGCGCGCGCCAGCGGCGUGACUAACGCCAGCGUCUCCGCUACGGGAUUCACUCAGGAAGAUCCGGUCCCUGGAGCCUGCAAUUUGGAAUUCCGGAUGGAGAACGAUCCCAAUGUGCACCUGAGUUUCUCCGAGUUCGAGACGGUGAUGGAAUUCGCGCCGGCCAACGUCGGCGCAGCCAGGGGUGAGGACCCUUUGUCCUGUGACGCCGGGCAGGGCAGCCAUUCCAGGUGGCAGCUAACCUAUGAGGUCUACCAGUACUUCUUGCCUGAAGGUGACCUCAGCGAAGGGGCCCUGUUUGAUGGGCUGAAGGUGGUGGAUUCCGUGGAAGCGGUCAGACGGCACGGGAGUAAGAUGUCUUCACUGAGCUCAUCCUCGAAGACGCAGCUGUAUGGCCAUGCUUUCACCGGCAUCGGUGUCAUCCAUGUGGUUGUGGUGUCGGAUCCCAGCCUUAACACCUCUUCCCUCUAUGUCCCAGCUGUGACAUACAGCUGCUAUUUCAGCUCUGUGGUGCCACCUACCUGUCACACACAAGGAGAGAUCUUCUCGCUGAUGUUCUUCACCCUCCUGGGGACCUGUGGCCUGUUUGUCUGCUUCACUGGGCACCGCUUCCUGGAGGCCGAGUACUUCUUCUUCGGGUUCCUGAUUUCCAGUUUCCUGUGUAUCCUGCUGAUGGGCCGAUACUCCGGACAAAGCCUUCAAUUGUGUGUGCUGUACAGUGCUGUCGCUGGCUGGUGGGGGGGCUUUCUUUGUGCCCUCUGCAGGUGGCGAUUCGGCAUGCCGCUGCUUCUCACCUCCCUAGCCGGCCUGGUGUUGGGAACUGUGAUGACAGCGGUCGUCAUGGUCACCCCCAUCGUGAACACAGAGCCCUUGCGGAAUGAUCUGCUGUACUGGGUGUGUGUGGCGACUGGGGCACUGGUGCUGCCUGUGCUCAUGCUGUCCUGCACCAGAGCCCUCAACAUGGCUGCCAGUGCCAUAGUGGGGUCCUACAUGGCAGUCGCGGCCCUCGGGCUCUACCUGCAUGCAGCGCUGCCCCAUGUCAUCUCCAGCGCGCUGCUGAGGCGGGCUGUCAGCCCCUCCUACCACCAGGCCCUCCUCGUGCUGCCCUUCCAGAUCCUCGAUGGCCUGCUGAUUUUCCUCUGGGGGGCGCUAAUGGUAUGCGGGUUGCUUUCCCAGUGGCGGCUCACUAGAGGCAGGCCGCACUUCCCUCAGUGUCCCUACCAGAAAAGAAGGCAGCUAUGCGGGCAGCCCCGGCCCGUGGAUGAGAGGACCCCGCUCUUGUUUGAUGGGCAGGACUUUGGGUCUCAGUGAGGCUGCGCUGUCGUGAAUCCGUCCCUGAUGGGGGGGCCAUCCGGCAGAGAGAGCAGCUGAAAGUGUCGCAUCCACAAACACCGGUAGUGCCUUAGUCUCAUCGCGCCUCGUCUCACUUGGAUAUAAGCACUGAUGAGCAAUGAUUCCUGUGACCUUUCGGCAAACCACGGAAGCGCGGGUGGCAAAGUCAGCUUGUUAGGGUAAAAAGGGAAAAGCCCGUAUCACAGAUUCGUGCCAAAAUCGCGAAUCGUCUGUUUUUAAGGGAAUCCUAGCCGGUAUAAUUUCCUACCCUGAUGUAUCGUCAUCCCCUUUCUGUCAGGGUUCGACACUGAAAGAGUGACUCGGGGUGGCAGGGAAUGAAACAGUGACGAGAGCCUCCUACUGCAAGGGACACGGCGGGGGACAGUCACAGGAGCAGCUCUGAGCUCUUUUUAAUCGUCAAAUCUUUUAUUAAUAAGCUCAGCUAUAAAUAGUCUCUAGGAGCCAUAAAUCCUCCUUUGGCUGUCUUUGUCCAGACUGAUGCUUCUCUCUGCUGGUAAAAUUGGCCUGACGGGGGCGCUAUACGUUGUGGUUUAGCUGCUCUACUGCACUUGCACAGCUCCACUGGGUACAGUUACAGUGCCUUGAUCUGCCAUAGUGCUGUGGUUCUUCGGAUGUGGGUCCGAGAAUCCGGCCUCGCUUUGGCUGUGAUCCCAUGCAUUUCCGGUGUGGGGGUGUCGUGUUUAUUCGGGAUCCGUUAAGAUUUUUAUUCACUGCUGCAUAAUGUACCUUUAAUAAAGGUCCUUUGUACUGUGACUUAUGAUAGUAGGUAGUUGGUUCUCUUCCUGAGUGCGUUAUGCAUGAGUAUCAGGUGAUGCAAUAAUGUUGGAUGUUCACAUAGUGUUAAUGUUCCACAUGUGAAAUAAUUUGUAAUUCGUUCAUUAAAAUUCCAUAUUGUAAAUCUUGUUCGAUUUUUUUGUACUGUGACUUACGAUAGUAGGUAGUUGGUUCUCUUCCUGAGUGCGUUAUGCAUGAGUAUCAGGUGAUGCAAUAAUGUUGGAUGUUCACGUAGUGUUAAUGUUCCACAUGUGAAAUAAUUUGUAAGUCGUUCAUUAAAAUUCCCUAUUGUAAA